AUGUGGCGAGCAGUUGAAGACCCCCAACAGCAGGGCCCCGCUCGCGCCACCACCUCUCUCGGUCACCGCCCAGUACGCGUGGCCGUACCAGCAGCAGGCUCCCUGGUGGCGCCGUACAACUACUUCUUCAGGAGCCAGCCGGCGCACUACGCCGCCGCAGCGCCGCUUUCCCUGGCCGGCCACUACGCGGCAGCACCUGCGGCGCCGGCCUACGCCGCCCCGGCGCCCGCCUACGCCGCCCCCGCAGCCGCCUACGCCGCCCCCGCGCACGCCUACGCCGCCCCCCACGCCGCCUACGCCGCCGCGCCGGCCGCCUACUCCGCCGCCCCCGCAGCCUACGCCGCCUCCCCAGUCGGACCGUACGCGGCUGCACCCGCGGCUUUCGCCUCCCCUGCGGCAGCGGCCUACGCUAAGCCGGCAGCCGCGGGAUACGGCUACCUGGGCUGA